UCCUCGCCGCGCAGCUGCCACUCAAGACGCCGGAGCUCCUUGUUGCGCGCGCCUGGCGUGCUCUGCUGCGGGGCUGAGAGGCGACGAGGCGCGCUGCAUACCAAGACACACCUCCACGGGAGUACCCACGGACCUCCACCCGCUCUCACAGACAUCCACGCCAAGUUUUUGCAGAGAGAACCCCGGAGCGCGCCAAACUCCGCUUGUGGAAUAUUUUUAUUUUUUUGGGUCUUUGCUGACAUUUUGCAGGCGUGAUAGACCACGCGUGGGGUCCCUGUGCGGUGCGAAAAGACGACAAGUGGAUUCAGCUGAUUUUCGGUGCGUAGAAGACGCUCUUGUUUGCUUGACAUUUCCAACGCAGGAAUACUCCUGAGAUCAACAUAAAUAGAACGAAGCGCAUCGCUGGAAUCCAUGACAACUGCCAUCAUGGGCUGCCCCCUCUUGAAGAACGCCUUGGCCGGCUUGCUCCUGGUGCUGUUGUGCAAAGGCUCCAGUGUGCACGGAGUGGAAUUUGGGCACCUGCCGGACAACAUUACGGUUCUAGAAGGCGAGAGCGUCACAUUGAGGUGUCGGAUCGACGAGGAGGUCACGCACAAGGCCUGGCUGAACCGCUCCAACAUCCUUUUCACGGGCACCGACAAGUGGUCGCUGGACAAACGCGUCACGCUGGUCAAUAGCAACAACAGCGACUUCUCGGUCCACAUCGACAAGGUGCAAGUGAGCGACGAGGGUCCCUACACGUGCACCUUCCAGGCCAACAACAAGCCGCGCAUCGCCCACGUCUACCUCAUCGUGCAAGUGCCCGCCAGAAUCGUCAACAUCUCCACGGACGUGUCGGUGAACGAGGGCGAGAACGUCAACCUCUUCUGUCUGGCCGUGGGCCGGCCUGAGCCCACCGUCACCUGGAAGGACCAAAAAUACGGUCUGGUGAGCGAGGGUGAGUUCCUGGACAUCACGGAGAUCAAGCGGCAGCAGGCCGAGGACUACGAGUGCAUCACCCACAACGGUGUGGCCCCGCCCGAUCAGCGCAAGGUCAAAGUCACCGUCAACUACCCGCCCACCAUCACCGACAUGAAGAACUUGCCCGCCCACUUGGGGAAGCCGGCCGUCCUGCGCUGCGAAGCCAUGGCGGUGCCCUCCGCUUCCUUCGAGUGGUACCGGGAUGAUCACAGAGCCAUGGAGAGCGACAACACACUGCGGAUCAAGAAUGAGAAGACGCGCUCGCUUCUGUUCUUCACCAACGUGACGGAGAAGCACUUCGGCAACUACACCUGCUUCGCCACCAACCGUCUGGGGACCUCCAACGCCAGCAUGUUGCUACUCCGACCAGGGGCUAUACAGGGUCGAGCGAGUGGUCUACAAUCAGGCUUAAGCGUGACCCUCAGCGUUUGGAUGCCCCUCUGUGCCGCUGUCCUGCUGAAGGUCUAACGAUCGGAACCCCCCCCCCCCACCCGGGAAACGGAAUGGAACGCCCAUCCCCAACUACCCCCUUGCCCCCCACGUCCCUACCGCUCGACGGAAAGGAAAAAGAAAAUUUGAUUCUUUAAUUAACGAACCCAUCACUGUGAACAAAAAGAAUAUGCAUUGAGUCAUUGCAUUAAACUGGAGACCCCAACCCCCCACCCCCGCUACAACACACACUCCCAGCACUCUCAUCAUCUGUCCGUCUCCCACAAUGCCUUGCAGAUUUGAGUGUAUGUACAUUAAUAAUUAUUGUGACCAGUGGGGAAAAUGGCUGUAAUAACAAAAGGGGGUGUAACAUGUAUCUACUGUAUGUACUAAUGAUUGAUCUACAAAGUCUGCCUUAUGGAAAAGUGAUUCAUCAAAGUCGCGUUGUGUUAUUAUGGUGGACUUGUAUUGGUAAUGUGGCUUGUUUAAGGCUAGACGUACACAAAAACACAUCCACAGUGAUGGUCAAAAGUUUACUUAUACAGGAUGCAUCAUGGCCUUGAAUGUUAGUCAUUUUGGGCUUUCAGUGAUUUGUUGAUUGAAUUGACCAAUACUCAGAACAACUGGGAAACAUCCAAGGAAAAAUUGGUGCAAUUAUAAGGUUCAACCAAUACCCAGAACAAUGGGAAAAGUCCAAGGUAUUCGGUGAACUGCAAAGGACAUCUUUCAAUUUACACACAUCUCAGUGCAGAUUUCAAGAUCUUCAUUUCACACAAAUUGUAUAAUUGCGUGAAUCAACCAAUGCUCAUAACAACAGCGAAAAGUUCAAGAAAGUCAGUGGAGAUAACAGAAAGCUAUAGAAAAACACUUCUUUUUUUACAGAUUCUGCAAUCCUCAGUUCAAACACGAACAGAUACACUAAUACACAAAAUAAUGGGGAUAUUUCCAAGAAAUUCAUUGAAGAUCAAACAAGAAAUUGUAGAUAGAGUCACAUUUUUUUGCAAAUUCCAAUAUCCUCAUUUACAAAUGUACGGGUAGACCACUACUCAGAACAAAUGUCCAAGGAAUUCAUUGAAGAUCAUGGGACAACUGGAGAUUGGCGCACACUGAGAAAGUCUUUUUUUCCAGAUUCUGAGAUCCUCAGUUCAUGCAGUUGUACUAUUGAACGGAUUGACCAAUACUCACAACGAGGCAACGUCCUAGGAACAAUUGGUACAAUUGGGAUCAACUUGAACUUGGAACAAUGGGAAAACUGCAAGGAACUCAGUGACGGACAAAGGACGUCUUAGAAUUUGCACACGUGUCUUUAUGCAGAUUCCGCGAUCCUCAGUUCAAACAAUUAUACAGUUGUACAGAUCAACCAAUACUCAGAACAACAAAGAAAUGUCCAAGAAACUCAUUGAACAGCAAAGUACAAACUAGAUUUACGUACGUAUUUGUGCAGAUUCCAACAUUUGCAGUUAUUUCCCAUUUUUUUAGUAUUGGUUGAUCAAUCAUCAAAUCAUUAAGCGCCCCCAAAUUGUGUACGUAAACUUUCGAGCACAACUGUCCAUAUACAGUGUAAGUUUGUGUGGGUGUAUCUCUCUCUCUCUCUCUCUCUCUCUCUAUAUAUAUAUAUAUAUAUAUACAACAAAUAUAUAUAUAUAAGAAAAUGGAUGGA